UUCUUUGCUUGGAGGGAGGGAGCGGGUCUCAGCCAGAAGAAUUCCUCAACUCAACCGAGGUUAGUCAGCGAGAGGGGUAGCUGGCGGUGUGUUCUCAACACUGCUGACUCCCUAGCAAUGGCGAUGUGGACUGACCAACUCUUUUCCAAAUUUUUAGUGUCAGUGGCACUGAUUUUGGUAUCCAGUGGCCCACAGGCUGUCAUUUCUUGUCCAAGCCGGUGUUUGUGUUUUCGUACCACCGUGAGAUGUAUGCAUUUAAACCUGGAAACCGUACCUGCAGUUGCUCCUUCGACGACCAUCCUAGAUCUGAGGUUCAACAAAAUCAAGGACUUACAGCCUGGCUCCUUCAAACGACUGAAGAACCUCAACACUCUCCUCCUCAACAACAACCACAUCAGAAGAAUCCCUCGGGGAGCGUUUGAAGACUUGGAAAACCUCAAAUAUCUCUAUUUGUACAAGAAUGAAAUCCAAUCAAUUGACAGACAAGCAUUUAAAGGACUUAUCUCUCUAGAGCAACUGUACCUGCACUUCAACAACAUAGAGUCCUUAGAACCGGAGUCCUUCACCCACCUUCCAAAGCUUGAACGCCUGUUUUUGCACAACAACAGAAUCACCCAUCUUGUUCUGGGUACCUUCUCCCAUCUGCAGUCCAUGAAGAGAUUGCGUCUGGACUCCAACACUCUGAACUGUGACUGUGAGCUGCUGUGGUUGGCUGACCUGUUGAAGCAGUAUGCUGAGUCAGGGAAUGCUCAGGCUGCUGCUACCUGUGACUACCCCGGGCGGCUGCAGGGACGAUCUGUGGCCACACUCACUGCCGAGGAGCUCAACUGUGAGGUGCCCAGGAUCACGUCCGAGCCCCAGGAUGUUGACGUAACAUCAGGGAACACUGUGUACUUCACUUGCAGGGCAGAGGGAAACCCAAAGCCACAGAUCAUCUGGCUCAGGAACAAUAAUGCCCUGAACAUGCAUGACGACUCUCGGCUGAAUCUGCUGGAAGACGGUACUCUGAUGAUCCAGGACACUAGAGAGACAGACCAGGGCGUGUACCAGUGCAUGGCCAAGAAUGUUGCAGGAGAGGUCAAGACCUCCCAGGUCACGCUCAGAUAUUUUGGAGCUCCAUCUCGACCCAGUUUUGUGAUCCAGCCCCAGAAUACGGAGGUGUUGGUCGGGGAGAGUAUCACUCUGGAGUGCAGCGCCACAGGGCAACCCCAGCCGCGGGUCUCCUGGACCAAGGUGGACCGCACGCCCCUGCCCAACGACGCCCGUAUCAACAUCACCCCGUCCGGGGGGCUGUUCAUCCAAAACGUGGUACAGGCGGACGGGGGGCAGUACACCUGCUUUGCCUCCAACAACGUGGACACCAUCCACGCCACCGCGUACAUCAUCGUACAGGCGACCCCCCAGUUCACCACGACUCCCCAAGACCAGUCUGUGUUGGAGGGCCACACGGUGGAAUUUCCCUGCGAGGCCAGUGGCUACCCCCAGCCUGUCAUCGCCUGGACACGGGGGGGCAGCCCCCUGCCGCAGGACCGACGCCAUCUGGUCCUCUCGACGGGGACGUUGAGGAUCGCUCGCGUGGCACCACACGACGAGGGCCAGUAUGAAUGCCAGGCGGUCAGCCCACUGGGCACGGUUCGCUCCGCCGUGCAGCUCAACAUCCAACAGAGAGUAACGCCUGUUUUCACAAAUGCUCCAAGGGACCUGACUGUGGAGUCUGGCACGGACGUCCAGAUUCCCUGCAGUGCUCAGGGCCAGCCCGAGCCCGUCCUCACCUGGAACAAGGAUGGUGUUCAGGUGACGGAGAGUGGGAAGUUCCACAUUGCCUCCGAGGGCUUCCUGGAGGUCAAGGACGUUGGUCUGGCGGACGGCGGACGCUAUGAGUGUGUCGCCCGCAAUCCCAUCGGCUACCAGUCCGCUAGCAUGGUGCUCACUGUCCUAGUGCCUCCAGUAAGUAGACAAGGGGACACCUUUGUGACGUCCUCGAUUGAAGAGGCCAUCCGCAACGUGGACAGUGCCAUAGAAUCCACCAGGAGGCAUCUAUUUGAUGGUAACCCUCGCACACCAGGAGAGUUGCUUGCCCUGUUCCGUUACCCUAGAGACCCCUACACGGUGGAGCAGGCUAGGGCAGGGGAGAUCUUUGAGCAGACCCUGCUCCUCAUCCAGAACCAUGUUAACCAGGGACUCAUGGUGGACACCAAUGGCACAGCAUUCCGCUACAACGACCUGGUGUCGCCUCACUUCCUGGAUGUGAUCGCCAACCUCUCCGGCUGCACAGCGCACCGGCGCUUCAACAACUGCUCCGACAUCUGUUUCCACCAGAAGUACCGGAGCCACGACGGAACCUGCAACAACCUGCAGCACCCCAUGUGGGGAGCCUCCCUCACCGCCUUCGAGCGCCUCCUAAAGUCCGUGUACGACAACGGCUUCAACCUGCCGCGCGGCGCUAGCGGCCGCCAACGUAACGGACACGCCCUGCCCCUGCCGCGCCUCAUCUCCACCACCAUGAUCGGCACGGAGACCAUCACCCCCGACGACCGCUACACCCACAUGCUCAUGCAAUGGGGUCAGUUCCUGGACCACGAUCUGGAUUCGACCGUCGCCGCCCUCAGCCAGUCACGCUUCUCUGACGGCCAGCUCUGCACAAACGUGUGCACCAACGACCCCCCCUGCUUUCCCAUACAGUUCCCUCCGGGAGACCCUCGGCAGGCGCGGAGCGGUGCACGCUGCAUGUUCUUUGUGCGUUCCAGCCCCGUGUGUGGCAGUGGCAUGACGUCCCUCCUAAUGAACAGCGUGUUUCCGCGGGAACAGAUCAACCAGCUGACGUCGUACAUCGACGCGUCCAACGUGUAUGGCAGCUCGCGCCACGAGUCCGAGGAGGUCAGGGACUUGGCGAGUCAACGGGGUCUUCUGAGGCAGGGCAUCGUCCAGCGCUCUGGGAAGCCCCUCCUGCCCUUCGCCACAGGGCCUCCCACAGAGUGUAUGAGGGACGAGAAUGAGAGCCCCAUCCCCUGUUUCCUGGCUGGAGACCACAGGGCCAACGAGCAGCUGGGUCUCACUGCCAUGCACACGGUGUGGUUCCGGGAACACAACCGCGUAGCCACGGAGCUGCUCCGGCUCAACCCCCACUGGGACGGAGACACCAUCUACCACGAGGCCCGGAAGAUUGUUGGAGCACAGAUGCAGCACAUCACCUACAACCACUGGCUGCCCAAGAUACUGGGCGACGCAGGGAUGAAGCAGCUGGGCGAGUACCGAGGCUACAACCCCAACAUCAACGCCGGCAUCGUCAACGCCUUCGCCGCGGCCGCCUUCCGCUUCGGACACACCCUCAUCAAUCCCAUCCUGUACCGCCUGGACGAGCACUUCCAGCCCAUUCCCCAGGGGCACAUCUCCCUGCACCGAGCCUUCUUCUCCCCCUUCCGCAUCGUCAACGAGGGAGGCAUCGACCCGCUGCUCCGGGGCCUGUUCGGCGUGGCGGGGAAGAUGCGCGUGUCGACCCAGCUGCUGAACACGGAGCUGACGGAACGCCUGUUCUCCAUGGCGCACGCCGUGGCCCUUGACCUGGCCGCUAUGAACAUCCAGAGAGGAAGGGACCACGGGAUACCUCCCUACAACGACUACCGCACCUUCUGUAACCUGACCUCGGCGCAGAGCUUUGACGACCUCAGGAACGAGAUCAAGAACCCCCAAGUCAGGGAGAAGCUGCUGAGGCUGUACGGCACGCCGCUGAACAUCGACCUGUUCCCCGCCCUGAUGGCCGAGGAGCUGGUCCCGGGCAGCCGGGUCGGUCCCACCCUCAUGUGUCUGCUGGCUGCCCAGUUCCAACGACUAAGAGACGGCGACCGGUUCUGGUAUGAGAAUCCAGGUGUGUUCACCCCGGCCCAGCUGACACAGCUGAAGCAGGCAUCUCUGACCAGGGUGCUUUGUGACAACGGUGACAACAUCACCCGGGUCCAGCAGGACGUGUUUAAUGUGGCAGAGCUGCCCCAUGGAUAUGGCAGCUGUGAUGACAUCCCCAACAUAGACCUGCGCAUGUGGCAAGACUGCUGCGAAGACUGCAGGACGAAGGGUCAGUUCAACGCCCUGUCCUACCACUUCAGAGGGCGAAGGUCAGUGGACCAGAGCUCAGCAGAGGAGAAGCCUGCCAACAAUAUAAACGAGAACAGCAGUCCGUCGAAAGGCACUCCUGAAAAUAUUGUGAAUGUCACACUCACAUCCCAACAAAACACUGAGUCCUCGUUGAAUGACUUCCAAGACUUUGUCGUGGAUAUGCAGAAGACUAUCAAAAGUUUACGAAAGCAGAUUAAACGACUUGAAGCUCGUCUGAGUAAGACAGACUGCACUGACAUGGAGGGUCGUGAACGCUCAGACGGGGAGAGGUGGAAGAAGGAUCCGUGUUCUACAUGCGAGUGCAGAGAGGCCCAGGUGACGUGCUUUGUCGAGUCGUGUCCGCCGGUGGAGUGCCAGAGGCCCGUAAAGCUAAAAGGAGCGUGCUGCCCUGUGUGUCUCCACCAGUGAGACGGAGAGGCCAGCAGCGACCAGACCCAGACAGGGAGCCAGGUCCCGGGUAGUCAUCAGCAUGUAUAACCCUCAGGGACCCCAUGCCCUAGUGUCUGACAAACACACACCACGGGAGAGACCCUGGAGGUGCGCUCGUCUCACGGACCCCUGCACCUAAUUGCCUCAUUUUUGUAUUUUUAUUUUUACAAAAGUCCUUUUUUUUUCUCAUCCCAUUUUCAUUGUCAUGUCCCCGUGGCCAAAUAAUCGCCUGAGGCUUGGUUUCAAGUAGAUCUGCUUCCUUCUGGAAGAAUGGAUGGAUGGAUUAAUGAAUAGAUGAAUGGACAGAGGGACAACCCCCCGCCACCUCCCCUUUCCUCAUUCGGAGCCUUACAAACGGGGCCUUUAAUAGAGGUCUUUGAUCUGUUACCCCGGUACUGCAAAGGAAGGACACACAAAAUGGCUGAGGCAAAUGUGUGUUGAGAAGAGGGGGGAAUGGCAGGCACCCGAGCAGGAAAGGGAUGAAGAUCAACCAUGGAUCUCUCAAAAAGCUUUCUCAGGUUAGAGAGGCCAAACAACUGGUGCUAUUUCUCCCCAUUGUCUAGACGAAUAAUUCACUAAAUGCAAGCCUUCAAAGUAUUGUUUUCUUUUUUUUCUUUUUUUCUUUUUUUUUUACAAUAUGCAAAGCAACAUAUAUACUCAUUAUGUGCCUUUUAAUCUUAAAAAUCACAUUUGAGACAAUAUUUUUUAAUUCACUCGAAAGACAUUUUAUGUACAAAAUUACUUCAGCUUUUACUAAAUGUUUAUGGUGCUUUAUAUCAUAUCAUGAAUAUGUAUUUCUCCUUUUUGUAUCACCUGCUUACAUAUGAAGAUAAUGUGAAGCCCUACAAAAACCUAUUGUAAUACAAUGGUUCUACUGAUUAUUAACCUGUUAACACAUUUUGCUCCAACGGCAACUGUUGGUAAACCAAAUAACAUCUAGUCUUCUGAUAUUUUCUCUCCUCUGCCCAAGGCCGUUUCCACACUUUGACCAACUUGAGGGAUGUUGUUCAGAGUUGGUCCUUGUGGUUGGGGUGAGAGGGGCAGGGGGUGUUCCCAUUUGGCCCAGCCACUCCACAUUGGAAGGCAUAUGCGUUGUCAUCUUUCAAGAUGUAAGGCUUUUCUCACACUCCAUGUUGUAAAAGCAGUGUAAUGCUCUUUGUUACCACUGUAGGGAUGUAGUUGUUUUCUCCCCCACCCAACCCAUUGUUUAGUGUUUGGCCACUCCCUCAGCACCAACUGCUAACCAAUCAUAGCAGUAUUGUCAGUCUUACCCCUAGUGUCCCGCUACCUCUCAUUAACCCUGCGUUAACCCAUACUCACACACACUGGAGACACUGAAGGACUGCAGCCAUAACUACCCACCAACUGGUGCCCUCAGAACUGAACUCAUAGCUCUGCAGCUGUUUUUAUAGAAGGACCCACUCUCUCACAUUACUUCCUUUCCCAUUCACAGGCACUCAGGCCUUAUGGAGCUGUUCUCAUCCGUGUUCUGGGGAGUUUGCACGUCAGACCAAUAGUCUGAUUCUUUUUUCUGGACAGCUCCUUUGAGUGUCUCUUUAGUGUUAAUGCGGGUGAGAAACCUCCCCUGGCUCUCCUCUCUGAGGUUCAUGGCAGGCGAUGGAGAUGGAGGCGAGGUGACGUCAUUUGGGUGGGUGUGUGAAGCAGGCUCAUUCCUCUCUGAUCCCAAUUCCUAUCUAAUGAAAGCCAGAAGGUUGGGGAGAGGGGAACGGGAGAUGGUGUCAAUCAAAUAUCUGGCUCUGCUUUUUUUCUGGAGUCUCCCUUAUUGUUAGUAAUCAGCCAGCAGUAUGUCUCAUUGAUGGACAGACACACACACACACAGGGCCAAACACCACAUUAACACUGUACACACUUGCUUAAACACUCUGUUAUCUUCUGCAUUGUGUGUGUGUGUGUGUGUGCGCGUGCGCAGUGCUCAGAAUGUGUCAUUCAUCACAUCCAGUAUUGGUAGGUGUUUGGGGUUUGUCUAAAAAUGUUAUGGUGGUGGAGCUACAAAACAGUGUUGGCAAAUUGGUGUCCUACCACCUGGAUACAUGCCAUACAUGCACUGUAUGCUAAGCACCUAUACAGUUUCAUCUCCUUCAGUUUAACUUCCCCCUCUUUUCCUCUGCAGUACCUUAGUUUUAACGUAUGUGUGUGUGUGUGUGUGUGUGUGUGUGUGUGUGUGUGUGUGUGUGUGUGUGUGCUGUCUAAGUACAGUGUGUAUGUGUACACAUGCACAAGUUUUGAAUUCCAUUGCACUGUGACCUCAAUUCCUACUCCAUCGCUGGUUGUCAUGCCAUACUCUGCCAUGUUGUACUGAGAAUCUUUUUUUCUAGCCAUCUUCAAAGUGGUCUUUCCUUUGUUCCCCAAACCCCCACUGUCAACAGAAUGCACUGCUCUGCAAGACUGAACAUGCUUUACCCACACUGUCCCAAAGUGAGUGGUCAAAGUGAAUACCUAUCUGACAAUUGUAUUGUAAGUUUGCCAAAGAAUUGUUUGCACUGUAACGUAUGCCUCUCAACAAUAAAAAAAUAGGCCACAUUUGAAACUCAA